GUUGUUUAUUUGUUUUUACACCAAGUUGUUGUUUAUAUGAUAUUUUAUUUAAGUAGUGACAUGUUAAUUCAUUUGUAUCAUUAGUGUGGAACGCCUUCUUUGUAGUACGGAUAUUGUGUACUCAUGCGCAUCGACGCAAAUGGUUAUUUCAUUACUAGAUUAUGAACUAGUUUAGAAAUGUUAUAGGAUAAUUUGUUGCGCUUCUUUAUGGCUUCGAUUGGUGAUGUUUAAUGUGAAUAUAAUUUUAUGCUGCAUGAAGUGUUCGGAUUAUCAGAGGACGUUUGAUUGAGUACAACAAAGUUUGAUAAAAAAAAAUGCUGGUCCAUGAUCAUAAGCCUACAUUAGCUGAAAUAUAUGGUUAUGGUAUCUUAGCUAAUGCAAUAUGUUGCGUAUGUUCUAUUGGUGGAGCAGUGAUUCUGCCAUGCGCAAAACGUUUCUCAAAUGCAUACCACGUGUUUUUGUCUGUUUUUAUGGGGUUGGCUGUAGGGACAUUAUUUACGGGAGCAGUAGUACAUUUGAUUCCUGAGGCUUUAGGAAUGCAUAGCCACGGUGCUCACGAGCACGAGCACGGACACAACGAAACAGAAAUCCACCAUGAGGAGAACCACCAUAAGGAGUACCAUGUGGAGGACUAUAUAUGGUACUGUAUGGUGAUCUUGUUGGGAACGUAUUCAUUUUACCUUCUUGAAACAGCUAUGUCUAUUAUAAAAAGGAAAAAGGGUAUUGUAGCAGACCCUGACCCAACACCAGAACCUGUAGUAAUGACAGUUAACAAACCAAAUGGAGAUUUCCAUAAAAUGGAGGAGAUUAGUUCGAGCGACUCAAAAAGUAUGAAAUCUACAAAUUCACAAAAAGAAUCAGGUAAUACAUCUUUAGCACUUAUGAUUAUAAUUGGAGAUGCAAUACACAACGUUACUGAUGGUCUUGCUUUAGGAGCAGCCUUUUCCAGUAGUAUAGGAGAGGGAAUUUCACUUACCAUCGCAAUAUUUUGUCAUGAGUUGCCACAAGAAUUAGGUGAUUUUGCUAUAUUGCUUAACAGUGGAAUGUCAUUUUGCAAGGCAGUAUUAGCGAAUUUGUUUGCGUCAUUGUCAGCAUUUAUUGGAUUUUUUGUCGGUGUACAAGUAGCAACAGACGAAACAGCCGUAAAGUGGAUUUUUGCUUUUACAGCUGGGAACUUUUUAUAUAUAUCGUUAGUAGACAUGUUACCAGAGCUUGUCAGACAUGGAAGUGGAAGUAUAAAGACAGUUUGUUAUCACAACAUUGGAAUGAUAUUUGGGGCAUUUAUUCUUGUUGUUAUAGCAGUUUUUGAAGAGCAUAUAGAUGUGCAUUGAUAUUAAGAUAAUGAUUUAAACUGGUACAUUCAGAUCUUAAAACCAUACAGUUCAUUGUCAUAGCAAACUUUUCAAUGCAUUUAAAUUGGUUGUAAAUAUUAUUAUUUUAUAUUAACUGUCCCUUUUAUCGUAGUUCGUAAACAACACUUUGUUCGUGUUUUAUUUCUUCAGGAACACAAUUUUAAUCUGUCAGUCUUUUUGGAUUAACGAAACUACAAAUAUGACAACUUCAGCGCAUGCAUACAGAGAGCGUUUCGUAAAUAACUUUAUCAGGUACGAUUCAAACUGAAAGCUAAGGUUCCUAUACAGCGGAGGUCCAUUAUGUGACUUACAACUUAAGUUUGGUUAUAAUCCUUUAGUUGAAAAAAUACAAUUAAUGAUAAGGUGUAAUAAAGAGUUGACAAAUUGAUGGUAGAUGUUAAUAAACAAAACAUGUAAGACGAAGGUAUGACCUUAGUUUGUUUUUGUUUAUUUACUGUUGGAGUUAAUUUUAGUUAUGUUUAUAUGUAAUCAUUUUAAUAUUGAACUUUCAAUAAUGUCUUUAAUUCAAAACAAUAAGUGUAUUAAAUUGAUGUUUUGUUUUGUUAAUCAGAAUUGCUUAAAUGAUUUUUAUAUGAAAAGAUUAUAUUUUUUCCAAUAGAAAAAUGUUUUGCUAUCAAAUUUCGAUUCAUUCAUUCGAUUUAUUUAAAUUCGAGGACACAAAAAUGCUUAUUGCAAAUGUCUCCUUGCUCAUCGACUUGUAAUAUGAGCUUUUAGUCAGAUUUAAGAAUAAUGUCAAGAAAUCCCGAUCAUACAAUUAAAGACAGUUCUUACCAAGCUAUUUAGAAAUGUAUGCAUAUAUGUUUUGCUCGAUUUUAUUUGUAAAUAUUAUUCAUCAACUUACAAACAGAUAAAUUAAUCUGCUAAUGUAUGUGUUACGGUCUUGAAAUAUUUUAGAUUGUUUGUUCUCUGUCUCUGGUAACGUCAGAUUUUCUUCAACUGUCUAUCUUCAUUUUUACAAUAAAUUUGUUUACAUACAA